AUGCGUCUCAUCAAUGUCAAAACGUCCCGCCUGGAGGAAUUUCCGGGAUCCAGCGUGCCUCCCUAUGCUAUACUUUCACAUACUUGGGGCUCUGAUUCCGAAGAACUCAAUUUUCGCGACAUUGAAGAUGGAAAUAUCAAUAAGCCCGGCAUCGGAUCUCUUAAAUUUCGCGGAUGUAGCCAACUGGCUGCCAAGGAUGGUCUCGGCUACGCUUGGAUUGAUACCUGCUGCAUUGACAAGACUAAUUCAGUCGAACUUGGCGAGGCGAUAAACUCCAUGUUCCGAUGGUAUCAGUCUGCUGCGAUAUGCUAUGCUUUUCUAUCUGAUGUUCCGGGUGAUGAAUAUCCUCAUGAAGAAGGGUCUAAGUUUCGGAAAAGCCGAUGGUUUCGGAGGGGAUGGACUCUGCAAGAAAUGCUUGCACCCACAUAUCUACGGUUCUAUGGUAUCAUUGCCUUAUCCGAUACAUCCCAUGGACAAGUUGCUUUUAAUGGCAAUGAAGUUCUCGACUGGCGCUUCUUAGGAACAAAAUGCGAUAUGGGUGCCACCAUCUCUUCAAUUACAGGUAUACCACUUGAAUACCUGUUGGGUGUUGCUCGACUUCAUGGAGCAAGCGUUGCGCAGCGUAUGUCGUGGGCGGCACACAGGGAGACAAAACGGAAAGAGGACUGGGCAUACUGUCUAUUGGGACUCUUUAAUAUAACAAUGCCAAUGAUUUACGGAGAAGGCUGUGAUCAAGCGUUCUUCCGGCUACAAGAGCAUAUCAUGAAGAUAACAAGGGAUGAUUCAAUCCUAGCAUGGAGCCUUACCAACGAACCGUCUGCCCACAAGGCUUGCACAGCCAUAAGUGGAGGAGCUAUGGCCAGGUCUCCCUUGGAUUUUGCAAACUCGGGGCACAUCAUCCGCCGUGAGCAGCCUUCGCAGUAUACGAGGCCAGUUGAGAUAUCUGGCGGCAGCGUUCGAGUUUAUCUGCCACUGGUUACGUCUUACCAUACAAAUGUUGGAUUACUUUGCUGCGGGCCUGAAAAUAACGCGGAACAAGUAGUUGGAAUACCUCUCGUAAAACUUCCCGCCGGGUCAGCAGAUGAAUUCGUUCGGCCUGAAGGAUACAACUCUUCUUUAUACUUGAUAGCACAGCCAGAUAAUUUUCCCAAGCAGAUUCAAAUCAGGCUUGGCAGUCAAGACAGUCAAGACAGCGCAUCUGUUGACUCAAGUGGGAUUUACUUUCACUACGACGAAGUAGCUUUCAGCAAAAUUGAUCUAAAAAUAAUUGAAGUGGCGCCCCAACCAUGCUGGGAAAAAGAACGAGCUUUAAUUAUGUCCACAACCGCCAACGACCCAGUUUCAAAUCAAAUAUUACUUCGGCUACGCCAUAACAAACAAGAGUCCAAAGACUUUAUUUUACUUCUAAGAUAUGAAGACCAAAGACUAAACGCUUUAGCCGAGUGUUUAGUUUUUGUGACUAGCAGAAACACUUCGUUGGAAAAGUUGUUCAAAAUCCUUCCCCGCAUGAUGGAAAAGCUGAAUGGAAAAGUACGAGCUAAGAAUGAGUUUAUCUCUCUGCGCAUCGCAUUAGAACGACCGAAUAAACAGCCGUUCUUUGUCAUACGGCCGAAGAAAAUACUUGAUGAGACAUUUGCUACUGUUGACGCAACGAUGGAUUUAGAGGAGACCACUUUACAACAAGAAUAUUCACAGCUGUUAGACGGAAGUGAGAUAUCCAUAAGAGAAGACAAGGAGACGAAAGAUGACAUUAAUCUCCACAACAGUAGUCUACCAAAUGUCAAGAGAGAGGGAGAGAACGUUUCAGCCAAGAAUGGGACACUUGAACAGAGACAAGGGGCUUCAGCUGUCGAGGAGAACGGAUAUGCCGAGAGCCGUUUGUUAUUGGCAAGCAAGCAAACUGUGAUAGGAGAGAAUUCGAAAGAGACGUCUUCAAAAUUCAAUGCAGCAUCAUACCUUCCUUAUUCAAACACUCCCGGGCCGAAUCUACACACUGACAAAAUGUUUGUCGCCGAUGGCCAAGGGGACCAGAAUGUGUGCUUUGGCUAUGCCAUCCUAUAUAGGGAUCGACGCGACAUCACAUUGAAUCUCCCGGGCAUGUCGUCGAUGUUUCGUCUGGCUGAGGCAAUCAACGGAAGGCAAAGCGACUUGAAUGGACCAGAGCGGUAUGCUACAAUCAACUGGCUCGAGCUUCAGCCAGACUGGUCUCCCGUCAAUAGUAACUACCAACAUAUCCAGCAACUCAGCCAAAUGACACCAGAAACAGGGAACUGGGUCUUAGACACCAGUCAGUUCCAAACUUGGAGAGAUCCGAAGACUGAAUCUAGUAUUCUGCUUAUGCAUGGAUAUUUGGGAUCCGGAAAAUCGAUGCUUACCUCCCUCAUUAUUGAAACGAUCAAGAAUGAAGCCAAGAUAGGGAGCGAUAUGGCGUGCGUCUACUGCUAUCCCCAGAGAGAAGAAGAUGCUCAGUCGCCCACACGAAUCUGGGUUACUCUACUAUCGCAGCUCUUGCAACAAAGCCCCCGGGUAAUCUCGAAAAAAAUACUAUCCAGAUUCAGCGCGUCGCUCCAAGGAUCUUCGACCCUGCAUGCGAAUGAAUACUGGGACUUAUUCAGCUCUCAGGCAGAGACAUUCAAGACUGUCUAUUUAAUAUUUGAUGACCCAAAUAACUACUUCGGCCAAAACAAAAAUACCAUAAAGGAAUUCUGGCAGACCCUGGAGAAGCUGCCAGAUAACGUGAAGCUACUUCUCACGUCCAGGGAACGUUUGCUUGGUACCCGUCUUCGGAUCAGCCAUUAUUUGCGUAUUACGCCACAAGAAACAGACCUUAUCAAAUACUUAAACGGCUGGCUACGACAAGAUGCAAAUGUGAGUCAAUUGCUGAAGGAAUCAGAAGAUAGGAAUCUUGUAAUACGUAAAGUUACCAGCCAAGCACUUGAAAGUGGCAUAUUUCUUCUCGCUAGGCUACACAUGGAAAAACUCAGCAAAUGCCGCUCAUUGGAUUCAAUCAAAGACGUUCUGAUGCACCUACCAAUUGAUAUAGAAACAGCGCUCGAAGAUUUGUUCAAACAGAUCGCCAUGAACGAGCAAUUUGAUAUAGAUUUGGCUAAACAUGUCCUGAACUGGAUCGUUCACGCAAAGGUGAGCCUCAGUGUGAACCAGGUCUUAGAAAGCUUUGUUAUACAAUACAGCAAUGGGAAACACUAUCGGGAGACUCGACCUACAACGAAGAGCUUAAUAACCGCAGGGGCUGGCCUAAUAAUUGUCGACCAAGACGAAAAGGCUGUACGCUUGGUUCACGAGUCGGCAAAAAACCAGCUUCAGAAGAAAAACAUUCUACCCAAACACGCAGACUUAGCAAUCGCCAAAACGUGCUUGGUCUGCUUACUGUGUGCAACUAACGACUCUGGUAUUGAUGAGCAACAGUCUUUACUAUCGUACGCCGCGAAUUACUGGAGCUCACAUCUUGGCACAAAAUAUCAAAAUGCUGAUAAAGAAGCUAAGGAACUCAUCAAAAAACUUCUUACUGGUGACACUAAGCUUUUACGAGCAUUUAAAGCAAUGCAUAGCAUCUCGAACUCUGGACUGGGCGGCAUGACCGGGAUACAUGCUGUUGUUCAAUUUGACCUCCGCUCCUAUGUCAAAAGCCUUGUUGAAUCAGGUGUUAAUAUCAAUGCACAAUGUGUUGAUGGCCAGACAGCUCUGCAUUGGGCCGUCAGGCUGCGUCGGGUGCAUCUACUCAAAGAGUUACUAGACAACUCAGCAGAUCCCAAUAUACAGGACAAAGAGAAAAACACGGCGCUUCACAGAGCUCUCAUGCUACCAGAAAGAGACUGCAUCCGGAUCGUAAAAAGGUUACUCAAUGGUGGUGCAAGGCCUGACAUUCCUGGUGCAAAAGGACUGACAGCGCUGUCGUCUACAAUCAAAUAUGGGCCAACAGUCAUCGCCGAGAUGCUGUUGAAAAGCCUGGAAGAUGUGAACGCUGCAAUCAGCCCAGGCUACAACUCUUUGGGAGAAAUCUUCCUUUACGGUUCUAAAAAGGCAAUGUUGGGUAGCUCAGACAAUAGUCUGGAGCAGCUGGAUCAUACCGCCAGCGAACAUGUUAAAUACCUCAUCAAUGUCGUACUUGAACUAGGCAUUGAUCUCAACCGCCCUACAACUAGCGGCUGGCUCCCCCUGAUCCACGCAGUCCAGACGGAGCAGCCCUCAGCAGUGAGACUCCUGCUAGAGAGAGUCCCACACCCGGCCAAUGUCAAUCAAAAGGAUCCAAACCUUCAACAAUCGCCGCUUCAAUGGGCCAUUGAUUACAAUAAUGAAGUCGACGUGGCGCGCCUACUUAUCAAACAUGGAGCAAAUGUAAACGAAAAGAGAUCUGACGGAAGGACACUAUUGAUCUCAGCGGUAAAAAGCAAUAACGAAGAUAAAGUUUGCCUACUUCUGAAAGGGGGUGCCGAGCCAGACAUUCCAGAUCACCAUAACUGGACAGCGCUUCUCCAUGCUAUUCACAACACUAUUAACGGCUGCAACAAGAACAUUAUAUGGCUACUGGUUUCCAACAAGGCGAAUGUUUGUGUUCAGAACAAUAAAGCUUUCGCUUUAGCGAUGGAACACCACGAUCAUUCUCUUGCCUGGCUACUCUUAGAACAUGGUGCCGACCCCAAUGCCGUCGACGAUAAAGGCAUGACGCACCUACAUCGAGCUUCUAGCAAUGAUGACGCCAACAGCGUGAAAGACGUCCGCUUUCUCUUGCAAUCUGGGGCAGACGCCAGCCGCCAAGAUAAACCAUGGUAUAGGACUCCGCUACACAUCGCUGUACAGAAAGGUCUGGACAAGGUAGUUGUUCAUUUAGCAUCGCAGACAGAACACCUCGAGAUCACAGACUCUGAUGGACACACAGCCCUCAUGCUUGCGGUAUUGUAUCCCUCAAUAUCCAUAGUGCGCAUAUUGCUCAAGAAUAAAGCUUCGUGUAUCACCCGGGAUCCCAACGGAAUGACAGCGAUCCAAUACGCAGCAUCCCUGGGGUUUAACGACGCACUGGAGGAAAUGUUACACAGCACCAGCAGCCCUAACGAUAUAAACCUCAAGGAUAAUAUGGGACAUUCAGCGUUGUAUCACGCUCUGUCCAAUAACAAAGCUGACAAUCGGACCAUACGCAUACUCAUGGAAGGUGGCGCGGAUUUUUAUACUGAAGGAAAUAGAGGCGCCAUGACAUCGCUGAUGCUCGCUGCGCAUCGAGGCAAGGGAUAA